AUGAAGAUCAGCCGCGUUGAAGAUUUCGACAGGCUGCGUAGGGCUCUUGGUUUCGCCCAUGCUGAAGCAGUGUUUAGUGAGGGUCAGUCUGGCGGUUUGGGGUUGUUCUGGACCGAUGAUGUGCAUUUACAGAUAGGGACUAAAUCUGCGCAUCAUGUUGAUGCGAUUGUCAUUGGUGACUUUGGGACACCAUCGUGGAGGGUUACUGGCUUUUACGGUUACGCUAGAACAGGAGAAAGGGAUCGCUCUUGGCAGUUGCUAAGGGAACUCUCCGACCUUGACUCUCUCCCUUGGGUUGUGAUCGGGGAUUUCAACGAAAUUUUAAACAAUGGUGAAAAUAUAGCUGGUCCUCUUAGAGCAGAACGUCAGAUGAGGGGAUUUCGAGAGGCUUUGGGAUACUGUGAUCUGCUAGAUUUAGGGUUUCAUGGAGCAAUGGCAACGUGGUGGAAUUCGGAGACAUUGUUGAGGUUGGAUAGGGCCGUGUGUACCCCUUCCUGGUUUGAUGUUUUUGGUCAUUCUAAACUAUUCCAUUUGCCUCCAUCUGAUUCGGAUCAUGUUCCUCUACUGUUGAGGGCUAGUACAACUCGUCUUCCUGUAAGAUCCAAGCCUCAUAGAUUUAAAUUUGAGGCUUUUUGGUUGCAACAUCCGGACUGUGAUAGCAUGGUUAAGGAUGCUUGGGGAACAGAUGUGGCUGGGGCGCCGAUGUUUUGUGUCACUAAGAAAAUCAUGCUUACCCGGAUCAAAUUAGAUAAAUGGCAGAGGGAGGUUUUUCAGGGUAGACAAUUGCAGAUGUUGGGGAUUCGAUCCCGGCUGGAGGAAUUACUUGAGGUGCCUAUAUCUGACAUGAUCCAAAACUUGCUAUUUCAAGAGGAGCUGUUCUGGAAGCAGAGGGCUAAAGUCACCUGGAUUAAGGAGGGGGAUCGGAAUACCGGAUUCUUCCAUCGAAGAACGGAAAAUAGGAAACGCAAAAAUAUGCUUCAAGGGCUGUAUGACGAGGACGGUAAUUGGAGGGAGGAUGAUGCUGGCUUGGAGGAGGUUAUAACUAGCUAUUUUACCAAGAUGUUUUCAGCGUCGGAGAUUGACAUUGAGGCCCUUGAUCGUACCCUGGAGGCAAUUGUUCCAUCGGUCACCUCCCAAAUGAAUGAGGAUCUAUGUGCCCCGUAUACUAGGGAGGAGAUCAGGUUUGCUCUUUUCCAGAUGUACCCAACCAAGUCCCCGGGCCCAGAUGGUAUGCCUCCACUUUUUUUCCAACACUAUUGGAAACUUAUUAGUCAGGAUGUGGUUGCAGCAGUUCAAAAUUUUCUCCAUACAGGGUUGAUUCUCAAGCAAAUUAAUUUCACGCAUAUUUGCCUCAUUCCAAAGGUAGACAAUCCUGAGACUAUGUCAGACUUGAGACCCAUUGCCCUAUGUAAUGUCAUUUACAAGAUCUGCUCGAAGGUGAUUGCUAAUAGAUUGAAGGUAGUCUUACCGUCGAUGAUUUCUCCUUUCCAGAGUGCUUUUGUUCCAGGGAGGUUGAUUAUAGAUAACAUUUUAGUGGCCAACGAGAUGGCUCAUUUUGUCCAUAAUAAGAGGGAUGGGGAUGUCGGGUACAUGGCUCUGAAACUUGAUCUAAGUAAGGCUUAUGAUAGAAUGGAGUGGGUUUUUCUGGAAAAAGUUAUGAUCCAUUUUGGCUUUGCAAGGAGUUGGAUUGAUGUUGUGAUGCAGUGUGUAUGUACAGUACGGAUUGUGGUGUGUCCUAAUGCCCCCGCUGUGAAUCAUUUGUUAUUUGCGGAUGAUAGUAUGCUCUAUGCACAAGCUUCUCUUGGGGCGUGUCAAGAGCUCUUGGAAGUACUGGCAAUUUAUAGGCGAGCUUCGGGGCAAUUGGUUAAUUUUGCCAAAAGUUCGGUGGUUUUUAGCAAGAAUGUAUCUGAGGAGGUGAAGGAGGAGAUCUCGGGUACCUUGGGUGUGGAGGUUGUAGCCUCACAUGAGAGGUAUCUCGGGUUACCCACUUACGUGGGACGCAAGAAAACUUCAACCUUCCAUUAUAUCAAGGAAAGGUUGUGGAAGAAGUUGUCUGCUUGGCAAGGGAAGCUGUUGAGUGGGGCAGGGAAAGACAUUUUGAUACGUGUAGUAGCACAGGCACUUCCUACGUACGCUAUGAGUGUCUUUCAGUUGACUAAGAGUUUCUGUGAUGAUUUGGAACAAAUGUGCGCAAGUUUUUGGUGGGGCAGUGCAUUGGAUAAACGGAAGAUUCAUUGGAAAACUUGGAAUGUUUUGUGUAAUCCGAAGGAAGACGGUGGGUUAGGGUUCCGAAGCCUGUCCAAUUUUAACUCGGCUAUGUUGGCCAAGCAAGCUUGGCGUCUUUUAACUGAUCCCUUGUCUCUAAUUGCUCGGUUGUACAAAGCAAAAUACUAUCCUGACUGCUCUUUUUGGGAGGCUUUACCGCAUGCUACUCCUUCGUACUCAUGGAGGAGUAUCUUUUCCACAAGAGAACUGCUUCAAGAAAACUGUGUUUGGCAAGUCGGUAAUGGAACUACAAUCAAUAUCUUUACUGAUUGUUGGGUAUCGUCUUUACCAGGUGGUAGACCGGCACCUUCGGCGUUGGCUAUUGCAGAAGUCGCUAAAGUGGAUGAUUUAUUGGUGGCUAUGGGGGUGUGGAAUGCUCCCUUGAUCAACAGGCUGAUUUAUGAGGAUGUGGGGGUCCUUCUGGAGGGUCAGCCUGGUAUGCAGGUGUGGCAUGUUGGUCGUCAAGGAAAUAGAGUAGCACAUCAAUUGGCUACCCGAGCUUGUGGUCUCGGUGAGGCUCAAUUUUAUUUUACUGCUCCUGCGUUUCUUCUAGCUGCUGUAAUAGCAGAUUUUUGUAUUGUGUAA